AUGUUCCUCUACGGUAAAGACUUCGUUUUAAUAACCGACCACAAGCCCCUAGAAACCAUAUUUGGACCGAAGACUAAAUCUUGUGCCCGUAUAGAGCGAUGGGUUCUGAGGCUACAGUCAUAUAGGUAUAAGGUAAAAUACAGUCCGGGUAAAGAUAAUGUGGCAGACCCACUGUCUAGACUAUGUAGGCUAGCAACAAAUCCAUCCACAAUUUAUGAAAGUUAUGUUCAUAGCGUUGUAGAACACUCACGACCAACUGCUGUAUCACUCCAAGAAAUUGAAGAAUGUUCCAAACAAGAUUCGGAGAUACAAAAAGUUAAAGAAGGCCUCUAUAGUGAAAGUUGGGAUGAAGCAGUCAAAAGCUAUAAAAUCUUCCAGAAUGAACUAUGUUUUUACGGUGACAUUUUACUGCGUGGAUCAAAAAUUGUGGUACCAAGUAAACUAAGAGAUAGGGUUCUCAAAGCUGCACAUGAGGGCCAUCCUGGCAUCGUGGCUAUGAAAAGCAGAUUAAGAACAAAAAUUUGGUGGCCGAAAUGCGAUAAAGACUCUGAAAAUCUUUGUAAAGCCUGCAAAGGGUGUAAGGAUUUGAUGGGACAACUGCCAAGUAACGAUUAUAUUUUUGUAAUCGUUGACUACUACAGUCGAUAUAAGGAGGUAAAAAUUUGUCGAACCAUAACAAGCUCGGUUAUCAUCGUGCUUUUAAAAGAGAUAUUCAGUCGUUUGGGAAAUCCUGUUUCCAUUACAGCAGACAAUGGUAAACAGUUCAUAAGUGCUGAAUUAAAUGAAUUUUGUAAAGAGCAAAACAUAAGAAUUUACCAUACGAUCCCCUACUUCCCCCAACAAAAUGGUGAAGUAGAGAGACAGAACAGGGACAUUCUUAAGAGAUUGAAGAUAAGUCAAGCUGAAAAGAAAGAUUGGAAGGAAGCCUUACGUGAAUACAUGAUAAUGUAUAACAGUACCCCCCAUACGGUAACAGGCAAAACACCAUCUGAAUUGUUUUUUAGUAGACAGUUCCGAGAUAAACUACCAAUGAUGAGAAACAUAACUUACAAUCCAAGAGACGAGGACAUAAGAGACAGGGAUAGAGAAUGUAAAGAAAAAGGUAAAGAGUAUGCGGAUCGGAAAAGGCGAGCUCAAGAUUGUGAUCUGCAAGUCGGUGAUAAGGUGUAUAUUAAAAACAUGAACAAAAGUAAUAAACUAAGUUUAAACUACGAGCCAACUUCACAUACAAUCGUGUCAAAUAAUAAUGGAGAUAUCGAAAUAAGAAAUGAUGAGACGGGAAAUAAAAUAAGACGGAAUGUGGUCCACCUAAAGAAGGUAGAAGGACAAUGGAAAGCUUUGGAUACAGAAAGCACAGAAGACGGAGAUGUUGUACGUGAACACUCAAAAUUAUCAGACAAAUCUAAUUAA